AUAGUAAACAUCCAGUAUUCAGACCCUCAGUGUUCAGAUCACUCUGCGCUCAUCCAGCAUGACUUCAGGGGCUUUAUUAGUGUGUCUGCUGCUGUGUGGAGUAGAUGUCGGCUGGUCUGGCAGGGUUUUGGUGAUGCCAGGCGAGUACAGUCACUGGCACAACAUGCGGGCGAUCAUUGAAGCUCUGGUCGAUCGCAACCACAGUGUGACGGUUCUAGUCGGCUCUUCAUCUCCUACAGUACCGCACACACAGAAGGCGCGCUUUGAUUACCACGUCUUCAAAGUCAACAUGGACAAAGAAGAGGCUGAUGCUGUGUGGAGUGACUUUAUUUACCUGUGGAUGAAUGAAACCGCCACCAAAUACGAGACUGUGUCUCAUAUCUUUCAAGUGAUGUCCAGAUUCAUGACGCUCACUGAUGAAGUGUGUAAAGGAAUGUUCAAUGAGGAUCUCCUACAAAUGCUUCGGGAAUCUCAUUACAACGUGCUCUUCUCUGAUCCCAUGAUGCCGUGUUCUGACCUGAUGGCGCAGACGCUGAACAUCCCGCUUGUUUUGUCUCUGCGUGCAACGUUUGCUUAUAGUUUCGAGCGGAUGUGUGGUCAGAUGCCCGCUCCUCCGUCUUAUGUUCCCGCAGCGUCUCUGAGAGAUUACCUCACUGACCGCAUGAGCUUCAUGGAGAGAGUUGAAAACAUGCUGCUGUACUUCUCACAUGAUGUAUUUUUCAAACUAUACAUGAUGUUUACCUUUGAUCGGAUCUACACUGAAAUAAGGGGUAAACCCACAACUAUGUGUGAGACCAUGGGAAAAGCAGAUAUCUGGCUGAUAAGAACGUACUGGGAUUUCGAGUAUCCGCGUCCAUUCCCACCUAACUUUAAGUUUGUUGGAGGACUGCACUGCAAACCCGCCAAACCCCUGUCUAAGGAAAUGGAGGAGUUUGUUCAGAGCUCUGGAGAUCACGGCGUCGUUGUUUUCUCAUUGGGCUCCAUGAUUAAAAACCUGACAUCGGAACGAGCCAACACUAUUGCUGCUGCUCUGGGCCAGAUCCCGCAAAAGGUUGUUUGGCGUUACAGUGGGAAAACUCCAGAAACACUGGCUCCCAAUACUAAAAUCUACGACUGGAUCCCACAGAAUGAUUUGCUUGGUCAUCCAAAGACAAAGGCUUUCAUCACUCAUGGUGGCACAAAUGGACUGUAUGAGGCUAUUUAUCACGGUGUCCCGAUGGUGGGUUUGCCACUGUUUGCUGAUCAGCCUGAUAACCUACUGCACAUGAAAACCAAAGGAGCUGCUGUAGUCCUUGAUAUCAACACACUGGAAUCCAAAGACCUGGUGGAUGCUCUGAAGACCGUCUUAAAUAACCCAUCGUACAAGGAGAGCAUCAUGAGGCUGUCCAGAAUCCACCACGAUCAGCCGAUGAAGCCGCUGGAUCAGGCCGUGUACUGGAUUGAGUUUGUGAUGCGGAAUAAAGGAGCCAAACAUCUGCGAGUUCAGGCGCAUGAGCUGAGCUGGUAUCAGUACCACUGUCUGGAUGUAGCGGCCUUCUUACUCUCCAUCACCGCUCUGAUCACAUUCCUCUGGGUUAAAACAUGCUGCUUCCUUUUCCGCAGAUGUGUCAGGAAAACCCAUCCUGAGAGGAAAACACAGAAGAGUAAAAAGGAGUGAAUGCAAACUGCAGUCCAAUAGUGACCAGAUAAUUCCCCACAGAGAUGCAGUAUGUGUGUCAGUGGUUGUGCAAAUUGUGUGUGUGUGUGUGUAUUGUGAAUUGAGAGUGCUUUUAAUCAAAUAAAUGCAUGUGCAUUUAUAUGUAAAUAAUAAUUUUGUGAACAUUAGUUUAUUUUUUUUAAUUCUGUUUAUUCGUCUGAGCUUUACACAGAGACUCCUGCUAGUAGAUUAGUGCAUAUUUUUGGGGAACUUUCAGACGAUCAAAAUCUAUAUAGAGCGGGGAAAUAAAUAUUGAACACAUGUUGUCAUGUAUUUUUCAGGGAAUAAUAUUUCUAAAGGAGCUGCUGACAUGGAAUUGAGGGAGAUUUUGGUAAAAACCCAAACGAUAAAGACAUAACAAUAAAACAAAACAAAUCUGAGAAAUGAGUUGUGUGUAAUAACACUGACAGAAGGAGAAAGCGCUGAACUACUGAAA